GCCUUGGUAUUCUUCAUAGUGAAAGGUCGCCAAAGGUUCGCGUGUAUGUAUGUACCAGAAAAAUACAUAGUCGGUGAUUUAUUCGAUUUAAUAAAUCAGUAAAAUAAAAAAUAUUACAAUUUUUUAUUAAUUAAUUACGCAUCUAAAAAAUCUGCCUCAACGUUUUAAGAGAAACAAACGUGAAUUUCAUAAAUUAUUCAUGUUCACGGCAUUAUUGAGACAUGUUAGAUUGUUUGCUAUUCUACAUGUACUAAAUUUAAUGAUUUUCUUACAAACUGAUUAAUAUAAAGUACUUAAGAUAAUUAUCACAAAUAAUCCAGAGUUAUGAGUUUGUACAUAAAUACGAGAAGAAUUAACUGUGAAACAUUGAUUAGGAUGUCGUGAAAUUUAUCUUUUUCUACUUGGAAGGAGUGAAUAUUGUUCUCUCUCUCUCUAUCUAUCUAUCUCUCUGUCUGUCUCUUAUGCAGACAGAAUUUCUAUCUGAAGAAUCAUUCACUUCACUCGAUUAAACUGUCAGAAGUUUGACAACUAUUAAAUAUUUUUAAUAAUUUAACUGAUGUAAUGAUUGCAUUAAAAUCCAGUUUAUUUUCAUAAGGAAUUUUGGUGGAGAAACUAUACACUCGAAUAAUGGCACGUCGUAGAAAAAACGAAGCAAAACCAAAUGUAAAAUCACCGCAAAAAUGUGUGGCGGUUCGAAAAUCAAGUCGACAAAUAGCAAAAAAACAACAGCAAGAGCAGAAGAUUAAUGGUGAUGUAGUACAAUCUAGCUCAAAUAAUUCAGAUGAUUCGAAAGAUAGUCACGAUGAAAUAGAAGAGAAAUUAUCAAAUUCAAAAUUAAUUUCUGAUGUUCAGAAAAAAUUGCAAAAAUGUCGACGAUCUAUAAAUUGCGAAGAGACUGUCAUCAGUAGUGAAUCAUUUAAAGAAGAAGAUAGACAGAAUGAAAUAGAAAUUCAUUCAACGCAAUCAAAAGAAGAAAAAUAUUCAAAAAAUGUACUUCUGUGUCUUUCAAAUUCAAAUGAUGAAUCUCGUAAUAAUAAUACAUCCCAGGAAAUAUGGUCCGAAGACGUUAUCGAGGAAACUAUUAUUUGUGAGGAAAUGGAAGUUGAAGAAAUUGUUGAUGACAUAAAUUCACAAGAUAAUAGUGUUGUCGUUGAGCAAGUUUUAGUUGUUAAUGAACCAGAGUUCGAUAAUAAAAAUGUUGUCGAGUUUACUGUGAUACAAAAUGAAGAUGGAACUGAAUCAAUGCUAAUGACAUCUGAAAUUGAAAAUCUCACUCAGCAGGAAUGUAAACACGAAAAUGUUUCUCAAAAUAUCGAACAAGGUGUACAAGAUUUACGAAUGGAUGAUCUUGAUAUUUCUGCAAAAAAUAAUUUGAAAAAUAAUCAAACUAAAUCAACUGAGUUUGAAAAUAAUGCAAUAGAGGAAAAAGAGAAAGAAAUAAGAAAUUUCAGCUCCAAUAAUUGUAAUUUUGACAUGUCUAGUGAAACUGCUUUUCGUUUUGAAAAUAAAGAUGAAAAAGUUGAUAUACCUUCAGUGAAUGUUGCAAGUUUAUUAGAUAAUUCAUCGGAUGAAAGCAGUUACAGAGUAAAUUUAUCAAAUGAUUUUCAUUUUAAAGAAAAGUAUGUAGAAAAUUCACAAGAAUCAGAAGUAUUUACUGAUUCAUCUAGUGUAGAGAAUUCUAGUGAAAAAUUAAUUGUAACAAAGAAAAUGCUUCUUUUAAAGCAUGAUGAUAAAACAAGUGCUUUGGAUAAAAUGGAGCAAUUAAAAAUUCAUGAUCAAAUGAAUUCAAUAUCAGAGGAGGAUUCAAAAAAGAGCUCUCAAAUUAUCAUAAAAGACAAAGAAACGUCCAUUCAAAAAUUAGACUACAGCCAAUUUAAAAAUGAAAAUAUAAAUAAAAUUUUAAAUCAUUCGCAUAUUGAGGAACAUUCUCAAGACAGCGAGGUUGAUAGAAAACAAGAUAUUGAAUAUGUUAAAUUGUCUAGUGGCAGUGAAAAUAGUAGCGACACUUUAUUAUCGGCAAAUAGUUAUAAAUUUCCAGAUGCGUGUACUGAGACUAAAAAUAUACAAAAUUUGAAUGAAGCUGAUAGGAAAGAUGAAUUUAGAUGUCGAAGUGAAAGUAAUGAUACAAGCACAGAAAGUGGGUCUAACAAUUCUGGAGUUCGUCGCAGUACUCGAAUUCGAACCAUAGGAUUAAUGAAACAAAGAUCACGUGGAAGAGGUUUAGUAACAAAGCCAAAUUUGGAUUCAUCGAGAACUGCUUUUCAACAAGAUCGGGACAAAACAAGUAGUAGUAAUUCUCCUGUAACUACAGAGUUAAAAGAUAUUUCAGAUAAUCUUUCAGAGACUCAAUCAGACAAAGAAAAUAGUAAUUGUAAAAUGACGCCAUCCAUUGACUCCCUAAUUUACCUGUCUGCGAAUAAUACGACUUCAGGUUACGAUUCGGAUUCUUCAAAACCUGUUAAAGUAAAAUCGCGUUGGCGUAGAUCAAGUGAAUUAGAAAUGGGUGGUACUAGUUCAUUUUCAGGAGCACGAAUCGAUACGAGCUUCAAAUUUUCUUCAGGAGUAAUUUCUGGUGCUGGUUCAAUGUUAAAUGAAGCCAAAACUGAAACUGAUGAAGAUACAUUGACAACUGAUGCACUUGUAAAAGUUGAAAAUACUGGUAUAGUAUCUCCAUCUAAUAUUGAAAGCAUACGUUCUUCUGAAUCUUACGAAACUAGAAGUAACACCACUUCACCUAUAACUACAGAAAUUCCAAAGACUAUAGGUGCUAAGAUUUCCUUACCAAUGGUUUUGGAAGUAAAAGACAGAGAAAUGGAAGAAAGAUUAAGUCAAUUUGAAAACCUCAAGGAGAAUCUCUAUCUUACUGAAAGGUUUACAAACAAAGAACACAAGAGAAUGGUGUGUGAUUGCUUCUUAACGGAGGAGGAAAUUGAACGAGGUGAAUUGGGUUGCGGAGAAGAUUGUCUCAAUAGGCUUCUUCUUAUAGAAUGUGGAUCUAGAUGCGUUGUAGGAAGCAGAUGUACAAAUAAAAGAUUUCAGAAUUGCGAUUACGCGAAAUGUGAAGUUUUUCGAACUGAAAAGAAAGGAUUUGGUCUUCGCGCUACCGCCGAUCUUGAAGCAGGUGAAUUCAUAAUGGAAUAUGUGGGAGAAGUUGUUGAUCCAAAAGAUUUUCGUAAAAGAACCAAGGAAUAUUCAAAAGAUAAAAAUAGACAUCAUUAUUUUAUGGCUUUAAAAUCUGAUCAAGUUAUUGAUGCAACUAUGAAAGGAAAUAUAUCUCGUUUUAUAAAUCAUAGUUGUGAUCCGAAUUCUGAAACUCAGAAGUGGACUGUAAACGGAGAACUGAGAAUUGGAUUUUUUAAUAAAAAAUUUAUAGCAAAUGGAGAAGAAAUUACUUUUGAUUACCACUUUCAACGUUAUGGGAAAGAAGCACAGAAAUGUUUCUGUGAAGCUCUAAACUGCCGGGGAUGGAUAGGAGAAACUCCUGAAGAAGAAAAAGAAAAGACAGAAAAGAAGGAAAAACGCGAAAAGGAUGUUACGAGAAAGAAGAAGGAAGAAAAGAAGCCUAUUGAUUUCAUGGAGGAUGAAGAUUUGGAAGAGGAAAUAGAUAAACUUUGUUCGGGUGGAUUAAAGAAUAGAAAUCAUACUUUAAAUUUAAGUCGUUUAAUGGUUCGCAGUAGGGAAUUGGAGCACAGAACACGUCUUUUGCGUGUUAUACAAAAUGGAGAGCAACCUUGUCGUAGAUUAUUUCUCGAUUAUCAUGGUUUGCGUUUAAUAUGGAGCUACAUGAUGGAUGUUGCCACAACAGAAACUGAACAAGUUCAACAAUUUAGAUUAGAAGUUUUAAAAACAUUAACUACACUGCCAAUUCCAAAUAAGACAAUGCUCAUGGAUAGUAAAGUUUAUAGUGUUGUUGAAAAAUGGGCAAAACAAUCGUUUUCAUCACCAAGUGGAGAAUCGCCAGAGGAUGAGCAAACAAAAGUAAAAGAAGAAGUAGAUUCUGAUAGUCCAAAUAAAUCAAAUGACUUGACUAACGUCAAAGAUGAAAAAGAAGGAGGAAAUGAACAAGCGAAUAACUUAAAACAGGAAAAGGAACAAGUACUUAUUACUGAACUUGCUACAAAUCUUAUAGCAGAUUGGUCUAAUUUGAAGGAGGUUUUCCGGAUACCAAAGAAAGAGAGGAUCGAACAAAUGAAAGAACACGAGAGAGAAGCAGAUCGCGGAUAUAAAGAAGAACUGGAAAAAGAGCAAAAAAGAGAGACGUAUGAAAGAAAGUUUCGUUUAUCACAUUCCAGAUAUCGUUCUGAUCGAUAUAAUCGAAGCGAAACUGAUAAGCGGGACAGAAGACGUGGUCGAGAGUCACCGGAUUUUGAAUAUAGCAGAUCCAAAGACAAAAGAUUAGACGAACGUUCUAAUUUGAUACCUGUGCCUCGAAUGACUAAAUAUGAACGUCGACAACUUUUUGCUCUAAAAGUUGCUAAAGAAGAGGAAGAAAAACAACGUCGUCAACAACAGGAAUUAUGGAAGGAGCAUGAAACACGAUGCUUGGCAUUAGGAAUGGAUCCACAUACAACUGCGGCUCUUGAUCCUCAAACUGGCUAUCCACUAUUUUUCAAUUCUGCAGUGGGACAGUGGCAACCUUAUCCCAUACAAGAUGGUAGUGAAUUGCAACAACAGAUGACUCCCGUUUACGUUGGAGGAUCCCAAAUGACCAGUACUUCGCAUCAAAAUAUUGUAACACCUCCUCUACAUGUGUUACAACCAGGAAUUUCUGUUGAUAUUUCACCAAGUUUGCAGGCUGCAAUGUAUCCAAUUAAUCAAACACCAACCUACAGUCAACAGACUACACAAUUUCCUCCACCUUUGUCCAUUCCUCCUCAACAGUUUCAGGAAAGUCCCCUUCAAAUUUCAAACAACCUAGUGCAAAUUCAUAACGGUACUUCAUCCAUUCCCGUUCAAGGUCAAUCUUUGUUCAUUGAAAAAUCAAUUGAAAAUUCUUUUCAAGUUGCUCAUGCAGUUGAAACACCAAAACCACCGUCACAACCUGAUAUACCACCUCCUUUAGAUCUUCCUCCAAAGUGGAAGUGGGCAAAAGAUGAACGCGGUAGAAUGUAUUAUUAUCAUGUUAAAGAAAGAAUAUCGCAGUGGUUACCACCUCCUCCUGAUCAUAUUGGUGUACAACCAGACUCAUCAACCUCUUCUGAUUCAAGUGAGGAAUCUAGCUCCUCCAAUGAAGAAGAAGAUGACGUUGAGGAAGAGAAUAAGAGUUCAGAUCGUUCUACUGAGGAUAUGGAAGUAGAUAGCGUACAGGACGCUUCAAUAGAAUCAAAACAAUCUCCUUCGAAAAAAUCGGAAGUAAAUAGCGUUGAAGUGAAGAAGAAGAGAGACGGACUAGUUCAGGAGAGGAUCAUCAGUCCACGAAGAGAAGAUGAUCGUGUAUAUAAUAAGAAAUAUAAAGAAAUGAAAGAAAAAAUACGACGCCAGAAAGAAAGAGCUCGACUGAAGGAUCAUAUUGAUAAAGUUAGAAAACAUCGACGUAGCAAUAAAUCCAAGACCCAUACACGACAUAGUAUUCGACUUCAAACUGUAGCAGAUGAUCCUUCACUUAGUGCAGAACGCAAAAUAAAGGAUGCCUUUAGAAUAAAUAUGGCCAAUGUGAUGGUCCACUUUCUUAAUCCGUAUAGAAAAAAUGACUGUAAACAAGGAAGAAUCACCAAUACCGAAGACUUUAAACAUUUAGCUCGAAAGCUAACACAUUUUGUGCUGGCCAAAGAGUUAAAGCAUUGUAAAAGUGUGGAUGAGUUGCAGUGUAAUGAUAAUGUUAAACAUAAAGCGAAAGAUUUUGUACGUAAGUAUAUGAGCAAAUUUGGAGCAGUGUAUCAGAAGAGUACAGACGAUGAUUAAAUGGCAGAUAUUGUGAUGUAAUUUUAUUAUUUAUUUUGCGGUCAUUUUAUAUUUAUUUUUCACACUAUUUUGAUUCACGUGUGUUUCGAUACUUUUUCGAAUUUAGGUAAUUAUUAAAUGAAGUACAUUUUUAUUACUUGAAUGAAAUACAAGCUAAAUGACUGUUAAUAGUCUGAUUUUUUUAAUUUAAUCGCAUUUUGUACAAAUGUAAACUCAUUUAAUGUCUGAUUGUCAACGUCAUUUUUAUUUUGUAAAUUACCGUGUAUUUUACUGAUAAUUAUUAUUAUUUUAGCUUGCAUAUAUACUAACGUACUAUUAUUUUCUUUAAUUGUGAAAGAUUAAUUGAAAUAGGUGUCAACAUUAUCCGUGUACAUACUGAAUAUUUACCAUAUAUAAAUUGAUUUAAAUUUAA